AUGGACUCACCACUCCCACUGAAGAAACCACCGACAGUAAUGUCCGCUGACCGUGAUCAAAUGGAUAAACUAUUGAGAGAGACCAAACAAUUAAAGCAGAAAGUAGACGCGUUAGAAAAGGAAAAUAUGUUUCUUAAAAAGUCUAUAUACGAGCUAUCCGUUAGAUAUACUGCUGCUGCUGCACAUCAAAGAGGUGUAGGACCUUUUGUGAUAGAGAGCGAAGAAGCUACAUUCGAACAAGAAGGAAGUGGAAAGGCGGAUAUUGUUGAAACGGGAGCUAACGCUGUUCGUGACAAGUACCGAGAAAGUAAGACAUUCAAUCCGAAAGCUGAAUUCAAGGGUCAUGGCGGAGCUGUAUACGCUGUUCAUUUUUCUCCAUGUGGUAAAAUGCUCGCUUCUGGAUCAUUUGAUAAAACCGUGCGAAUAUGGGAUGCUGUCGAGCUACAAAAGGAGAUUACGUGUUUGAAAGGACACACUCUGAAUGUGUCCGAUGUGCAUUGGUCAUCAGAUUCCACGUCUCUGCUUUCGGGUGCAUAUGACCAAACAUGUAAAAUAUGGGAUAGUGAGACUGGUCGAUCUACUUUCACUUUCGAGACUGAAGGAUUUGUACAGUGUGUUAUGUUUGAUCCACAAGAAGACAACCACAUUUUUAUAAGUGGAACCUCGCGUAAGGUGCUUGCAAUUGUAGACACAAGGAAACCGGAUAGUGCGCUAAUAAUGCGGAAUGAUGGAAUGGUGAAUUCGCUCUAUGUUUGUCGUGAUGGACAGAGUGCUAUUACUGGCGAUUCUCUGGGAUAUAUUAAAACGUGGGACAUGAGAACUGGCACUGUUGUACAGUCUACCCUGAAUGAACAUACCAAAAAGCCUAUCUCUCAUCUAGCAGUCUCGAACAAAAGCAAAGAUGACGAUGAAGACUCAAGGUAUAUGGCUAUAAAUAGUUAUGACAAUGUAAUAAGGGUCUAUGACCGAGGGAUCGAACCGCCGAAGACAACCCCACGUAUGAUUCAUGCAUUGAAAGGAUAUAAAAACAAAGGAUGGCCUAUCAAGAGUUCGAUAUUCCAAGGGAAAGAAUAUCAAAGCUCCACAACGCGUUGGACAACGUUACAUAGAAAGGAUGAUGAAUAUGUUCAGAGUGGCUCAGAAGAUGUCGGGGCAUUUGAAAAAGAUAGAACGCUCGAAGCAAGUCUUUUGCUUGCAACAGGGAGCGCUGAUCCGUGUGCUUAUCUAUACAAUAUCAGUGGACCAGAGGGGACAGGCGAAUUACUACAACGACUGGAAGGACACACGGACUUUGUGUAUGCAGUCGACUUCCAUCCCACAGAGCCAAUGCUAGCAACUUGUUCUGCCGAUUGUACUAUCAGAGUAUGGGCUCCUAAUGGCAGAACCAAGAAGAAGUGA